AUGUCUGGAUCCAAUGAAAUACAAGAUAAAGAAGAAAUACAAGCAGAAGAGGAAUCAGCUGUAGAGGACCAAGGACCUGCAACAGAGCCACCACCUGCAGUGGAACAAAUACCUGAGGACCAAGCAGCCGUUGUAGGGGACCAAUCAACCCUUCCAGAUGAGUCACCAGCAGCUGAGAAUACAGUUAACAUGGAGCAAACACCUGCAAAAAAGCCACAAGAGAAUCAGAAUCAAGCACAAAACCAGGAACAAGAUGAAACACACUAUCAAGCACAAAACCCAGAAGCAGAAGCUAGGGACAAAAAUAACCAAGGUUUUAGAGAUUCAAAACAGUAUUCAUUCACCACUCAGAAUGCAAAUGGUACUGAGUCUGAAAUAUCAGUGAAAGCAACAACUCAUGUACAGUUCACUCUGAAAAACUAUAAAAUCAAUAAAACUCAGCCUUCUGGAAAACAACCAACCUCAGGUCCAAAUGAGACUGAAUUUUGGACAAUGAUAGCUAACGCUAUAAGUGCAACCAAUGGGAACCCAGGUGACAAAGAACAAUUAUUUCAACCAAUUCCAGACACGGAUGUGACUAGUGGGUACCAAGUGAACCCAGAAGAUAUAGAGGACAUCAAGUUAAAAUUAAUGCUGGGUGUCUCGUUGCUGACCCUCUUACUUUUUGUACUCUUCUUGGCAAUCUGUAGUGCCCUUUUGUACAAAAUGAAGGCAGCAAAGUAAAAGGAAUAUUCCAGUGAAUAUACUGUCAACCCUGAACUGGCCGAAAUAUCAUACUUUCAUCCAUCAGAAGGCAUAUCAGACACGUCCUUUUCUAAGAGUGGCGAAAGCAGCACAUAUUGGGGAAACACUUCUUCAGAAAUGAAAAAAUCAGAGACAAUAGAGAUAAAGACUCUCACACAGGACAUUUCCUUAGCAGACUCAGAUGAUACAGGCUUGAUUGAAGAGUCAGACUUACCUCAGAGUGAGGAAGUCAGUGAAGAAAUUCGCACUAAUAAAUAG